UAAAGACUAUGUUAUGAGUGGAGAAGCAGGCAUAUAGCCUAUUGCUACAUAACAGGCUCCUUGAAGCCAAGAAUUGUUUACCAUUUGUCUUUGUUUACCCAGAGCUCAACAAAGAGCUGGACGAAUAUUAGGCAUUUAAUAAAUGCUUAUGGAGUGAUUGAAGAAUUCAGAGACUAUUGAAACAGCACCUGCUGUUGGGGUACUUAACAUCCUAAUGAAGGAGUCAGCAGGCAUGUGUACACAUAUAUUCAAAACAGAUCGAAGAAUGAUAGUGACUUGUGUUUCCAAGAAUCGGAAUGUGACUGGAGAUGGUGCUAAAACAUUCAUUAUCCUUCUUUGUGAUUUACUUCGAGGACUUAAAGCAAUCACUGAUAAAGAAAGGAGUUCUUUUGGGGGAAGUAUUCAAAGCCAAGAAAGACACUGGAAAAAUUGUUGCCAGUGGAAAUAUAUUUCUCAAGCCAUUUUGACAUUUCAGGCACACAUAUUAGACUACAUUAUGGCUCAAUAUUUGAGUAAACACUUUUUGUCCAUCUUUUCUUUUUCUGGAGAAGAGAAAAAGUUUUGUAGGAGCUCACUAGAAUUGCUAUUAGAUGCAUAUUUUUGUGGAAGAGUGGGAAGAAAUAAUCAAAAGUUUAUUUCCCAGUUAACUUGUGAUUAUUUUUAUAAAUGUUUGAGCCAUGAAGAUGGUAAGAAUGAAAUGAUUGAUUUAGUAGAUGAAUAUUUUCUGGAAUUGUGCACUGCUGUUACAGGACUUCCAGUUUCAAGUUCAAGAAUCAUAUCAGGGUUUGUUAUUCAUAGAGAUUUUUCUGUUUACUGCCCAGCAGAUGGUGACAUGAGAAUAAUCAUUGUAACCGAAGCCAUUCAGCCUGCGCUUUCCACCUCUGGUUCUGAGCUUGUUGUAAAGUCAGAAACACAGUUUCAGGCAUCUCACAUUUGGGUUACAGAAAGGACAAAAACCAUAAUGAACGAUUUGCAAAGUAAAGGUAUAAAAUUGCUUUUGUCUAGUGUGAAGCAACAGGAUGCAGUUAUUUAUUAUGCAAAACUGAAUGGCAUAUCAGUGGUAGAGUGUAUACCAUCAGAAGAAAUUUCUCUCCUUUGUAGAAUCAUUGCUCUGUCACCUUUUUUGCCAUCAUGGGCCACUUCACAGUGUCACAUCUCUGACGCUGCAUUAGUGAAAUUUUGUCAGCCCAUUUUGCUUAAUUCCAAAAGGUAUGUUCAUCUUGACUUACUUAGCACACACUCUUUUAUACCCCACUGUUUGGUUCUUUGUGGACCGGUCCAGGGUCUUACUGACCAGCAUAUUCAUGCUUUCCAUGGGGCAUUUAAAGUACUUCGACAAGUCUUUAAGGUACUUUAUCUCAGUUACAAAGUGCAAGGAAACAUCCAAAAUGAGACCUCAAAUUCUGUUACUCCUAAAGAUAAUAAACAAAGCCACCAUUUGGCAGAAGUUUAUAGAGCUUUGUUUGAAAGACAGUGUCUAGGCUCAGUUUUAAAGAGUGAAGGUAAUCCAUCAGGAAUGCAGUCUCAUUUAAGAGUCACUCCAGAUUUGGUACUGUCAAGUAUAGAAUCAGAGAAUAGUAUUCCAAGUACAACUCACACACACAAAAUUAAGGGGAACUUUGAAUCCCUAAUGUGUACUUAUCCCAACAAAAUUGGGAUUAGUAAUGCCAAGGAAUCGAUUGUAGCUAUCAGAUGUGAUUGUGAUGGUGAUUCCCUGAUAAAAAUUCCUGAUGAGCACGUAAGUGUCGUUGAACAGACUUGCAAAAUCAGCAGCUGUACAAUCAUAGGCAUGACAUCAAAGGAGGUAUUUCAGAACGCUUCAAAAAGUUACUGUACCUCCUUUAUACAGGCUGGUUCUGUUUUACCGGUAGGUGGUCACUUUGAGAUCCUAUUACAUUAUUAUCUUCUUGAUUAUUCCAGACACUGCCAACAGCCAGAAGUAAGUAUGAUUAGUUCAUUAAUAGCUAAUGCACUGCUGAGUGUUCCAAAAACCCUUUAUAAGGCUAAGAAGGGAAAUAAAAGCUUUUGUCAUGUGUACUUAAGGACUUUGCAUGCUCUACAAGCUAAGCAGUGGAUGGCAGUGAGUCAAACAGGCCUGGAAUCAGUAGCUUGUAAAUACCAAUUACUGACAUCAGUGCUUCACUGCUUGACAAAACUGUUAACUAUUGACUUAGUCAUCAGGAUUAAUAAACAGCCACAAAAGACUGGUGAUGAUGAGGCAGAGGAGGAUGUGUGAAAACAGUAGUUUUGUUCUCAGUGGGGUUUUUUAAAUCUGCCUUAGUCUAUAAAAGACAGGUAGAGAGCUGUCCUUCAGCCUAAUUCUUUUAGGCUCUCUCAGAUGAAACCAUGAGGUUAUAUUAGUCAUGCUGGUGCCUAGAAUGAUAAAAAAUGCAACAUGGCUUUUCACAUUAGUAUGGUCCUAAGCUAGGAAUAUUGCUCCUUGGGAACUAUAUUUGUUUCUUUUUUUUCUAUAUCUGUUCUUGUUAGUGUAUGUACGUCAGAGGGAGAAGGGUGGUAAGACGUUUUAUCUAUCUCUUCUUCUCUUUAUUUCCCUCUUUCCUAUUCCCUUUCUAUUUUUGUAUAUUAACUGUCCAUAAUAUAGGUCAGAAAAAACAUUUAUAUUUGUUGUACUAAUUAACUAGCACACUGUAAAAUUUCAAAAAAAAUCAGGGUUUUUUUUUAUACCCUGAUGUUAAUUAUAGUCAUUUC